GAACCAAUUCUACUGCUAAAUAUUCUAUGUUUAUAAUGUAAACUAUACAUUGAUCUGUGCGUCUGCACAGAGUUUAAUUUUUAGGUUUCUACGAACAUAUCCGGAUCUGGAAAGAUCCAACUUGAAUCCUGUCCAAAAAUUUGUAAUAUGCGAAUGAAGUUUAAUUUUAAAACUCGAAAAAUGUGGUUUCAAAACAUGAUUCAUAUUCGAAUGGGUAUUUGGAUGACUAUGUCUAACUGAUUUUGUAAACAAAUAAAAAAUUAAUUUGUUAACCAGUUUGAAUUUUUGUUACGAAUGAAACAAUUUCAUUCAAAUCUAUGAAAUUAUUAUAGUUAACAUGUAAAAUAAAUGAUGUUUAAUUAUUAUUGUAAAUAUAAUUAACGAAGUAGUUAGGAAAAAUGAAAAAAAAGAAGAUGUAAUAAAAAAUUUUAAAUAGGUAAGUUAUGUUUUAUAAUUUGUAAUAAAUGUUGUCGAAUUAAUUAGAAAGAUAAUAAAAAAAAUGGUUAAAAUUAAUUAAAAAUGGAAUGAAAAUCUGUAACAAACCACUUAAAAAUAUGCAAGUAUUAUUUUGUAUUUUAGUUUUAAAAGAAUACAUACUAUAAAUUUAUUUUUAGAUUUUAGUGAGGGCAGCUGUCCCUUCCCCAAAAAACAUAUACUCCCUUUGUUUUAUAUUGUAGGUAGUUUUAGAAAAAAAAUUUUAUUUCAAAAUGUAAGUAGUUUUCAUAUUUCUAAAUAACUUUUACAUUUAUUAUAUAUAGUAUGACCAAUCAUAUUAAUAGAUUUAUUUUUGAUGGAUUAAUUUAUAUCUAACCUAUUUAUUAUACAAUACUUUUUAAAACAUAAUAAUUUUCUUAAAUUUUUGUGCUUUUAGCCAAAAUUAUAAAAUGGAGGGAGUAUGUUAUUGUUUUUAAUCUUCCGAAUUUUUUAAUAAGUAGAUUUUAUAUUCAGCAAAAAUAAAUCUAUCAUAAAAUAACAAUAUGUGUAACCAACAUAAUAUGAAAACAUAUUAAAAGAAUAACCGAUCCUAAGUUUAUCUAUAAAAAAUACUUUCACGGACGUGUAGAUCAAAAUAUUUCCAUAUUAAACAUUGUGGCAUUUUGAGUUAUUAAGUAAACAUAGCAAUAUUAAGUAAUUUCUGCAGCACUUUGAGUUAUAUUAAUAAUAUUUAAUAAUAGUACUAUAGAUGGAUGUGUGUAGUUUAGGUUAAUGUUGUUUUAUGUUUCCAAAAAAAGGUUAGUGUUGUUUAUACAUAUCUACGUAAAGAAAUAUUUACUAAUUUUGAAAUAAAUCGUAUUUUUGGUCAGGUAAAAAGAAGAAGAAACCUGCUUGAUAAAAAAAAACAAUAAUAAUAAUUGUGCCGAAAGUAGUAGCCACCGCCACCACCGUAAUAUCAGGAGAUACAAAUAGAGGCCAACGAAGAAUUACAUUUGUUUUGCUGUAAAGAAAGCGAAACAACAAACAAUCAUAUUAGCCCACUCGUCCUAUUCUUUCUUCUUCUUCAUCUUCACUGUAUAGUUUAGUCAAACUAUUUUCUCCACGAUCUGUUGCUCGUACCUGGUGAGACUGGUGAAAAACAACCUGGACAAGAAGAAGGAAACAGUAUGAUCAGUGAUCGGUCUGAGUUCAGAGUUCAUAUACGGAGGUUAUUCGUCAUCAUGAUCAGAACUUCCUAUAGAUGGAUCUGCAGUCAUCCCUAUCUCCUCGGCUUUGUUGGGGUUUUGUAUCUUCUGUAUAGAGCUUGUCCUCUUUUGUUUUCUCCUUUGGUAGCUGCAUCUCCUGUUUUGGUUUGCACAUUCGUUUUGCUUGGAACGAUUCUUAGUUUCGGAGAGCCAAAUAUUAUACCUGAGAUCGAAACAGAACCGGAGGCUACUGUUAACGAGGCUGCUCUUUUCACAGCUGAGGUUACGAGGGAUCCUAGUGUUGUUGAGAGAGAGGGUGAGAGUUUUACGGUUGAGAGGUGCGUGAGCACGGAGAAAGAUGAUGAUGAUAGAUUAGUGGAACGAGAUACCCAGGUAAGGUUUGAGGAGAGAGCAUUUGAUUUGGAUUUGGAGAAGAAGGGAGAUGGAGAAGAGGAGAAGUUGAUUGGAAAUGAUGACGGGAAGCGAGUUUCACAUGGUGGAUCUUUAGAUGAUAUGAUGGAGGAUUCAAAGGAAGAUCAGGUGGAUGUAUCUCCAGUUUCACCUUGGAGACCAAUGAGGCAUGAGGAGGGCGAUGAUGACUCACUGGAUUCUAGUUCUGAUGGUGCGGAAAGUUCUUCACCUAACCCUUCUAUGACAGACAUCAUCCCCAUGCUUGAUGAGCUUCACCCGCUUUUACACUCAGAGAAUCAAGGUCUUGGUAUUGCAGAUCUUGAUGGAUCAGAUGCAACUUCAGAGGAGCCAGAUAUGAGUAGUAGUGAUAGCGAUGAAGGAAUGGAGUCUGAUGUUAACAGCGAAAGUCAUGGUGAAGAGGACGACAACAAGAAGGAAGAAGAGGAAGAGGAGAAGAAGGAAGAUGAAAUUAAAUCACCUAUCAAAUGGACAGAGGCUGACCAAAAAAACGUCAUGGAUCUAGGAAGUCUCGAGCUCGAAAGAAACCAACGGUUGGAGAGUCUAAUCGCCAGGAGAAGGGCUCGCAACAAUAUGAGAAUGGUGGCAGAGAGAAAUCUCAUUGAUUUCGACUGUGCUGAUGUUCCAUUUAAUAUGCCGCCAAUCUCAACCGCAAGGCAGAAUCCAUUUGAUCUUUCGUAUGAUGAUAUGGGACUACCACCUAUCCCUGGCUCUGCUCCGUCCAUUAUGUUCGCGAGGAGAAGAAACCCGUUUGAUCUUCCGUACGAGCCAAAUGAAGAGAAGCCAGACCUCAAGGGUGAUGGUUUCGAGGAAGAGUUCUCUUCUCCACAACCUAAGGAGCCAGUGUUCAGAAGACAUGAGAGUUUCAGUGUAGGUCCAUCGAUGCUCGGAGGUCCCAGACAUGAUAGGCUACGACCUUUCUUCGUGCUGGAAAGAUUAGCACACGAGAGAGCAAGCUAUUAUCCGUUUGAAAGGCAGCUCAGUGAAGUUAGUGAAUCAAAACUCAGUUCUGUGCCUGAUACUGAAUCUGUCUGCACAAUCCUGGAGGAUGACGAAAAGAAGGUAGAUGAAGAUGAUGCUGAUCGAGAAACCGAGAUAGCUAAAACUGAUAUGGCUUCUGAUCAUGAAGAAGACAAAGCUUCUGACCAUGAUGAAGAAACGGGCCAUUCCUCAGAAGAUUCUGAUUUUGAUGAACAAGCUGAUAGCAAAAAUCUUCAUCGUGAUCUGGCUGAGAUAAUACUGGGAAGUGCAGAAACACACGUUACACACCAUGAGCAAUCAAACAUGAUGGACGGAGAAACUUUUGAUAAGACAAAUCAUGGUGAAGAGGAUUCCAGUGAUAGUGAAUCAUCUUUAUCAGAGAAAGAAGAAGAGAUGGCGCAUAUAAGUGAGAAUGAAGCAAGAAGGGUGGGGGAUGAUUAUCACCAUGAUGGAGCGCCUGCUUUCAUUACUCCACUCCCCUUCCUGGAGGAGUCAGCAAUUCAUGAUCUUUGUGGGUUGGUGGGUGACCACCACGUAACACCUGUUUACGAUUCGAGCCCUCCCUCAGCCAGUAGAUUCCCAUCAUUUUCUUCCGUAUCAUCUGAUCACAAACCUGAUCUACCUGGAAAGAGUGACGAAGAAGUACAAGAAAAUGCAGAUAAUGAACGUGAAGUUUAUUCUGAAAGCAAAUAUCCUGAAGAGACUGAAACAAGUACAAGGGAAGUGGGAAAGAGUAUCACGCAUGUUACAGGAGAGGCAAGCUUUCUCAUUUCAGAGGUUGGAAUUGACGGUCAAAAGAACUCAAUUUCCGUGUCUGAAUUUGAGGAAGCCUUACUUGAUUCCUCUCUACCUUUGGAUAAGAACGAGAAUAUUGAUCACCAGGAGGAUGACUGUUUGUCUGUUUCUAGUCAAGAAGACCUGGAAGAGAUUCAUGAAGAAGUGAAAGAGGCUGUAGAUACCAGAGCGCUAGAAAUUAGUGAAUCUUUGGUUGACUUGGUUUCUUCUACAGAAGAGGAAGCAGUAUCUACAGGGAUAGUUGAACAACAUCUCCCAGUUGAGCCUACAAGUUCACCUUUGGGAUAUGGUGACACGACGGAGCAUGUGACAACACUGGAAGAAUCACCUGAUGUGGUACAUGACAUAGCUGAAACUUCAGUAGCUGAAGUCAUAAUGCAGGAGGAAGAGAAUAAACAAAAAGAUGAAGCCACUCCUCAAACAUCCAAUGCAGACAUCCCAAUAGACAGCUACGCCACUUUGUCUUCUGGAGCAGUUGAGUAUGUUGAGACGCAUUCAUUUAAUGACGAAGAUGCUCCGAACGCGGAACAAGAUCCAGUUCAGUCAUCAGUUUCUGAUGCCAAGGAAGAAACACACUCCAACCAAACUAUGGUUAUUGAAGUAGACUCUGUGAAUACUAGUGCUCAAAAUGUGGGAUCCGAAGAAACGACUCCAUCUGAAUCAGAUAGAGAACCGACCUGGUCAGAUAAAUCAGUGGUUGAACAAUCAUCCCUUGAACCUGGUGAAGAUCAAGAACCAGCUCGUGCAGCUCCUCUGAGUGUGGUCUUUUCCCGUAAAAUCACUUUCCACGAGUAUCACGAAGCUCCUGAGGAUACAACCGAGCUAUCUUGUUUGACAUCUGACACGUCCUCAUCUCCAGCGGAGUCUCCUGAGUACGAAACACCUAUGGUUGGUGAAGGCUCAAAGGCGGAGUUCUUCCAAGAGACUGUUAAUGAGGGGCUUGACCAUGUGGUCGAGCAAUCAGAUCAGCUUACGGAUUUACAUGAAAUAUCUCAAAGUCCUCCUGAAGUUAUCACUGAAGAGGCAGACGAGAUAAAAGAGAUUGAUGAAGGAUUGUUGUCUGAACUUGACACUAUUGGAGACUUCGGUGUUAAGGAAGUUGUGACAGAUUCUGAACCUGGGCCAUCUUCAGUAGGGUCAGACACUGCCAAAGAACUUACGGUAGCUCUACCCGUUCUGGAAGUGAGAUCUGUUGAAGACAUAGAAUCUGCUUGCCAGCAGAUUCAUGAAGGACCCGAGGUUGAAGAUGUUAUUCUUCCAAGCACCGUUCAGGACCAGUUGGCUCAAGAAAAUUCUGAAAACUCAUCAGAGACCAAGUCGGAUUUAACAGUGGUGGAAGCUACGUCGAAAGAUGAUCUAGAUACUGCUAUGAAUCAGGCUGUUGUAGAGAGCAUGGGCAAGCAACCAAUGUCACCAGAAUCAAAUGGUGGGUCUGGAGAAACCAAGUGCGGAGUUGAAAUGGAACCAUCAGGGUCUUUAGUUGAAGAAAGAUCUCUUGAUGAGACAAAUGUUCAUCUGAACAACACACCUGAGAAAGAAGAAGAUGAGGUAACUAGACCGAAAGAGAUAACAACAUCAUCCGAUGCAUCGUCUAUGGAAACUCGAUCACUGGAGGAAAUUCCAAAACCUUCUGAGCCAAAAGAGGAGAUGUCAACGGAAGUAAUCUCUGAAAGAGUGGUGAUUCCUACAGAAGGCAUAGAGUCUAGAAAUGUAACACUAAGCGAUGAAGUAGCGACUGAGGAAGCAAAAGCUGAAACCUCAAGUAACCUUGAUGGGACUGUACAGAGUCCUGAGUCCAAAGAAACUCCGGGAGAUUCGGAGGAAAGCAUUUCAGAAGUAAAGACAGAGGAGAAGGAGAAGGAGAAGGAGAAGGGUAAGUCCGAUUCUUCAAGCUCGAGCUCAAGCUCUAGUUCGAGUGACUCAGAUUGAAAAACAAAAUCGAAGGGUAAUGCAUCUCAACUCCUAGUAUAUAUGUUUGUUACACUGUAAUUGUUAGGCACUUCUGGGUUUGCUCUGUUUUAAAAGGGGCAGGAAGAAGCCGCUAUUCAUUUUUUUGUACUGAGUUUUCUCCUUUUCCCGGUUUGUGUGUGUAUGUGUUUUCCUUUUCUUGUGUUUCAGCUUCCAUAUUUAUUGAUUUGUAUUUCUUGAUACUAUUCUGAGGUUUUUUCAGGGUUUUUGGUUUGUGACUUUAAAUAUUUUCUCGUUUUCAUUCUAUAAUGUUUUGUAUUGAAACUGAGAAAUUAUAAAUGUAUUGAUGUUUGGAUUCUUCUU